AGUAACUGCGGGCGGGGCCGUUUAGGAUGCUCACAGUGUCGAAGCAAAUCCCAUUCUAUCAGGGAUCUGACCGUGCGGGAAGGUUCACAGCUGCUUACAAAGGGACAUAUAUAUAUAUCUAUAUUUUUAGUAUUUGUGGAUCAUUACUCUACAGGCUGCACCAUAUUGGUCAACGUUGGCUAUACAUUUCCUCACCGUGCGGACAGACAACGGGUCAAGACAAAGUCACUUGUGAGGCGGAAAGAGGGCAACGACUCCUGGGAGAGAUCUCUCUGGAUAACCUUGUGGCGGAACCUAAUCUAUUAAGCGCCACCGGGAGGUUAUCAUUUAACCAAAGGUGUUGAAAAAGCUGCAGAUGACAGGACUCUGCUGUUGGGACAGCCAUGCACUUGGAUUUGGAAGCGAGGAGCCGCAAUAGGGCCACCCAAAGGUGACAAACAAACACGCGACUGUCUUUAGGAAGGAAUUGAUCUUCAAGCUUUCCCGUUGUCAUUGCUAUUAACCAAGUGGUGGUUGCCAGGGAUAAUACGCAAAGGAUAUUUGCCUUUAAACGGGCAAUUGGAAGAAGGGGGCGCGGGGAGCUCAUGCGGAGAGCAAAUGCUGUCCGCGAACGCACCGGUGCGCCGAUUUAGCGGCGCGUUUUCCGUUUAUAAACCGUGUCCCAGUGGAGCUCGAGAGGACGCUGGGUUUUUGUGGGCUGCACCUCAUUUAUCCAAACUCGACUGAUCCCCGGCUUCACGUGGCGCCCGACAACCCCAAAAGUAAGCGUCGUGCAGUGAAGAGCGAGAGCACAAAAAUAGAAAAAGUGGACAUUGACUAUUUUUGUAUCCAAAGAAUGCUUCUGAUCGGGAGUGGGAUUAUUUCACGCAAUUUUAGCUGAGAGGAAUUGUGCGCUUUAUUUAAGAGUGGAGAUAACUGGAGAGAUAAACUCCACCACCAGCGAGGAGGCGAGGGAGACGCAAAGGUUGGACUCCCUCCCUCCAGGCUGCAUACCCUAAUCUAUUCAUCUGUCAGUCACUGCAGAUUUACUUCAUGUUGACCCUAAUUAAAUCACAGUAUACUUCAUAGAGUGGCCUUGUUUCUGGUGGAUGAUGAUGGAACGGCUGUGGUUGUCUUUGCUGUUGCUGGCGGCAGCAUGCAAGGGACAACAUUGUCCGAAACGUUGUAUGUGCCAGAGUCUGUCGCCAUCGCUCGCUAUUCUCUGCUCUAAGACAGGGUUGCUAUUUGUUCCUGUUGCUAUAGACCGACGUACCGUGGAGCUUCGUCUUCAAGAGAACUUCAUCACAGCUGUCCGGAGGAAGGACUUUGCAAACAUGACCAGCUUGUUGCAUCUGACGUUGUCCAGAAACACCAUCAGUCAGAUACUCCCUUCAGCUUUCAGUGACCUGCGGCGACUUAGAGCCCUCCAUAUAGACUCAAAUAGGUUAACUGUUAUUAAGGACGAUCAUUUCAAAGGCCUCACCAACCUUCGCCAUCUAAUUCUGGCCAAUAACCAGCUCCACUUCAUAUCUCCCCAUGCUUUUGAUGACUUCCUGUCCACACUGGAGGAUUUGGACCUCAGCUACAAUAAUCUUGCUAAUGUUCCUUGGGACACUAUUGGACGCCUAACAAACGUCAAUACCUUAAAUAUGGAUCAUAACCUUAUUGAAAAUGUUCCUCAAGGAGUUUUCACCAACCUACACAAACUUGCCAGGCUUGAUAUGACAUCCAACAAACUGAAAAAAAUUCCUCCUGACCCUCUGUUCCUGAGAAUCCCAGUUUAUGCAAAAUCCAGAGGAAGCCCCCUGUCAUCCUUAGUUCUGAGUUUUGGUGGAAACCCUCUCCAUUGCAAUUGUGAACUUCUGUGGUUGAGGAGGUUAACCCGAGAAGAUGACUUGGAGACGUGUGCUUCACCUCCAGACCUUAGUGCCAAAUACUUCUGGACAAUACCUGAAGAGGAAUUUAUUUGUGAUCCGCCAGUAUUAACCCGCAAGUCACCUCAGACUCUGAUUAUGGAGGGCCAGCCUGCCAGUCUCAAAUGUAAAGCAAAUGGGGAUCCAGAACCAGAAGUCCAUUGGAUCAGUCCUGAAGGUCGACUAAUCUCAAAUGGCACAAGAACCUUGGUUUUCCCAAACGGAAGCUUGGAUAUCAAUGUUACCUCUCUCAAGGAUGCGGGGAACUUCACCUGUAUUGCCUCUAAUGCGGCCGGUGAAUCCACAGGAAGAGUGGAACUGGUUGUAACGCCAAUGCCCCAUCUGGCAAACAGCACAAGUCGUAGCAGAGACCCAUCAGAGACCAGAGAACCAGCUCCUUCUGACAUCCUAACCUCAUCAAAGGUCUUGAUGCCUAACAACGAGACCAGAACAGGAGAUCGCAGGGUUUCCUUGGUGGAGCUGACAGGAAACUCUGCCCUCAUUAGAUGGAGCAGUCAGACAACAAUGUCAGGCGUCAGGAUGUUCCAGGUCCAAUACAACAGCUCAGGGGAUGACACACUGGUGUACAGGAUGAUUCCCUCCAGCACCAAUGACUUCCUGGUUCGUGACCUUGCUGCCGGGAGAAGCUAUGACCUGUGCGUCCUUGCCGUGUUCGACGAUGUUGUCACCUCGCUGACUGCAACACGUCCCCUGGGUUGCUUGUCAUUCACGACAGACACGGAAUUCAGCCAGUGUCAGGCAUUACAUAGUCACUUCUUGGGAGGAACUAUGAUCAUCAUCAUCGGUGGAAUUAUAGUGGCGUCUGUCCUGGUUUUUAUUAUUAUCCUGAUGAUAAGAUACAAGGUUUAUAGCCACCAAGGGACAGCCCAUGGAAAAUCUGCCAUUUCUACAACCGUGCCAAGACAGCAGAGCAACGGUCAAGGGGGUGGUGGUCAGGCCCAAGUCCUGCCUCGCUCUGCUUCAAAAAUGACUGACAGUCAAGACGAAGAAGCAGUGGGUCCAUCUGGAGCCAUGUCACCUAGCAACACCCUGAGGGAUACUGUUGCAUUGGUUGUGGAGGAGGCCAGUGGGCGGCACACAAUGGCACGGACAAACUCCACGCCCAAUGAGGAGUUGCUUUCACCCAACAAGGCCCGCUUCACCUCCAGGGUUGCCAUUGAGAUGAAAAACAGACCACCAUCUGUCGUCAAAGAGCCCACCUCCCCCAAGGAAUUGGCAGCAGACGAAGGACGGCCUCAUAGUGUCGAGUGGAGAAAUUUUAAGAUCUGACAGUCGCCUGGCCUCACAAUGACUUGGCUCCAAAGAAGCCUUGAACCUUUUGCUCUGAAGUGUUGAAUUCAACCACCGCGGGAGAAAGCCAAGAAGAAGUCACCCUUGUCCUGUUUAUCUUGUUUCCUGUACCCGUUGUUGUCUUUCCAUCUGGUUUACCCUUUUUCUCAUUAUCAUGGUUCUCAUCUCUGGGUUGGAUUAUUGUUUAAGUGCUUGUCAAUGGUGAUUGACUACUUUCUGCAAGAUAGUAUCAUCACGAUCACUUCUAAUGGAACACGUUCUGCACUCAUAAAUGCGGAAUUCUCCUUCUUUAAAUACAAGAUGCAGUCGAAGUUGAUGCUGCACUGGAUAAUGACAAAAAAAACAACAACUGAGAAGCAUACAAAUACGUACGUAUUGACAUAAAAUACAUACUGGAUACACUGUAAAUGAUCUCUUCUCCAACCGGACAAAUAAGAAGGAGAUGAUGCAAGUAGAUGGGCCGCCUUCAGAAUCUCCUUCAACUUGGAUCUACAAAUGCUGAGCACUGGUGUUUUGGGUAUAUAAACUGCACAAUAUUUAAUAACCCAGAUUGCAACUAACAAGUGCAAAAUCAACAUUUAUUUCGUCUAUUUAAUCAAGUGAAUUAAUGCAACUUUGCAAAAGGCAGAUGUGCUGCUGUGAGAUGGAUUUCAACUUUGACACAGCCCUCGUAUCCAGUGGUUCAUUCCGGACAGUUCAUAAAGAAAGAAGAUUUGACUCUAGAGAAAGUGGAGCCUUCCCUGGGUCCUGGUUGUGUAUUCAAAAUGUACUGUCACUAAUCUGGUACAAACAAAACCGGACUAGACCAAGCAGACCAUCUUUUGUGCCAGUCCAAAAUAUUUUCACCUGGCCCUGCUGAAUUCCACUGGAUUGGACUGGCAAGGACCGCCAAUGCUCACUUGCAAGAUUCUGGGUCCCUUUUAGUCCAGGCCCAGAUCUGUCAUGUCUGAAGAUAAAAGCACAGUUCUUCACACACACACACGCAAAAAAAGAAAAGAAAAAAAGACAGCCUUGCAUCAGUUUUAGUCAUCUAUCAAUGUUAGCCCAACUGUCAUUCACUGCUGUUGAAUAUUUUUCAUGUGCAGGACAAAUGUGGUGUGAGAAUAUAGGAUUGCAAAUUGUUUACAACAUUGUUUGCGCUGGUCUAAACUCCAUUUCCAUCUUAAUCACAUCAUUAUUGUUACUAUAGAUUGGAGUGUGUGCCCAGCAUGAAUUACCUGAAGUCUAAACUUGCGUUUCAUUUGAUUUCUCUGAGAGAGCUUUCCAUUAGUGUGUCUUGGAGCUGGACCCUCAAUAGCAUCUCUUUCAUCUUCCUCAUGCUUUGGCACAUGCAAGUGGAAUUUAUGAUCACGAAGUACUGUCGCUGAUAUUUACCGCUCACGUCUGUUUCCAUCGAAAUUUUGGUCAUGAGUUUUAUCACCAACGUCAUUACUGUUCGUUUUGGAAGGAUACCUGUUCCAAAAGGAGAACCUUGAUUCUUUUAAGCUCUUGUGAAAGAGACUCGCACAACAAGACCACACCCUUACCAACAUGCCUCCCUUAUGUGUAUCCUUUUUUUUUUUUCCCCUUUGGUCUUUAUAUUUUGUAUGUGUAUAUAAAGCAAUUUCAAAUCUUAUAGUUUUGUACAUGUAAUUUUUAUGGUGUGUGAAUAUUUUAAUAAAAAAAAAAGUGUGGACUUUUC